UUUUCUAACAUUCCUGAAAUCCCCUCUUCAUAUGCACCAGCUUUCAUUCCAUCCAGUUGGUUACAGCGCGCGUUGUUUGACAUCCCGCGCUUUUUGCUGUCAUCGUUCUUUUUUUUUUCAAAAUGAAUAAUCAAUUAGAUGAAGAACAAAUUGCAAUGUUACGCCGAGCGUUCAGCAUGUUCGACUCGAGCAAACAAGGCCGUAUCGAGAAAGAGAAAGUGCGAACGAUUCUGAACACCAUGGUGCACAACUACGACGAAAACGAGCUGGACCAAAUACUGGACAAUGAGGAUGCUGAAGAAACAGGCAAACUAAACUUCGACUCGUUCGUCCGAGUAGCGACACACUUCUUGGUUGAAGACGAUGAAGCUUUGCAAAAGGAGCUCAAGGAAGCUUUCAGGCUGUAUGACAAAGAAGGAAAUGGCUAUAUCCCCACUUCAAGUCUUCGAGAAAUUCUGGCAGCGCUUGAUGAUCAGCUCACACCAGAUCAGCUGAAUGAGAUGAUUGCUGAGAUCGAUACUGAUUCAUCAGGCACUGUUGACUUUGAUGAGUUCAUGGAAAUGAUGACAGGAGACUAGAGUGAAGAAAUUUGAAAUACCUUUAUUACUUCGAUACAAUUUAUUUAAAUAAAUAAUUUCAUAAAGAAAAA